CUGUUUCUGUGCGACCUGUGCGACUAACUUUUCACGAAGAGGCAAUAAGAAAAUGUGGUAGACAAGGAUAUUGAAAUAUUGAAAGCAAUUUGCAUCUACCGGCGGUAUAAUUAUCAGAGACGGAUCGGCUGGCCUUCAGCGGACCGCUUUAUCUAUUUUAUUUUUAGGUCCAUAAGAAUAACCGAUUGAAGCCAUGGACGACAACGCGCUUCUAAAUCCUGCACUAGUUGCUAAAUCAAUUGGUUUCCAUGGCCAACCAUUGCAAAAAAUCUGGGAAGGUGAACGUGGCGAUGUUGACCUACUCAAAAUUGGAGUCGUCAAUCCCGAUUACACGUCUUAUCAAAUGCGCCAAAAACAUUUCACAUUUCAAAAUCGUGCCAAGCGUUUACGGCUUCAUCAAUUUAUCGCUAAAAAUGCAAAUUUAUUCUUUCGAACCAAGAUUGAUGACGAUGUUCCACAGAAAGAACCGUCGGCCAUUGAUGGAGCUUGUACAACUAUGCCGCCGUAUGAUUCAUUCUUUUUCGAAAAAAUGGACAAAUCACAGCGAUUGAAACACGUUUAUUCGCUACUCCAAAUUGGCGACGUUGUCUACGGUACCGUUCAUAACAAGAUCAAUUCUGGAAUGUUUGUUAAAUUAUUAUGCACCGGUGAACCGACCGUACGUUUCCUGGGCGAUUUAACUAUUCGCGCUUUUCUACCGAUGUGCGAAGCUAUACCGGCCAUUGAUAGAAAGGGCACCCAACGAUCGUACAUCACAAACGACAAUAUUUGCUGUGAAUUGAUUGAAAAGAAUGAUGACUCCGAGAAAUUGGUCAUUUCGAUGAGGGGUGCCUUUAAUCCGAAAACGCAAUUCGGUUUGGUUACCUAUGACCAUUUUCCCGAACUCUACAAGUCAUCAACCGAUUUGCAGCACGAAACGUAUGAGAAUAUUCUUGAAGCGUCGCCAGGAUUCAAAAAUCCCAAUUCCAUUGACUGUUUGUUCGAAAAAGUUGGAUUGAACGCAUCGACGAUAUACACAAACAUGAGCGGUUUGAAUGGAAAAUUUCCGGCCGAAGAAUACGGAAGCGAUUUACGUCAAGUACAAGCUAGUAAAUGGGCGUUCAGAUCGGUCGCUGAAGGCAUUGAACAUUUCAAAUUAGGCAGGCACACCGAGGCGUUCCAGUGUCUGAAUAAGGCACUGAGCAUUGACCCAAGAAAUGUCGAAGGAUUAGUGGCACGCGGUGCACUGUUCGCCAAUUCCGGUUCGUUCAAGAAAGCCGUUGACGAUUUUGACAAUGCGCUGAAAUUGAAUCCGGGCCAUGCGAACGCCCGGCGAUACAAGGGCGAAACGUUGGUCGCAUUGGGUCGAAGCUAUGAAGAGGAAAAUAAGAUCGAUGACGCAAUGAAAGCGUACCAGAAUUGCUUGACCAUAAUACCGAGACACGAAGAAGCUCAAAAAUCGUUGGAUUUUCUUAGGUCAAAGAAGGCGGUUGCUACGAACAGCAAACAAUUGAUCGAACCGAAUGAACUCACUUUGCCAGCAUUGAAUUUGAAAAUCGCCGAGCAAAAUCGCGACGCAUCGACGUCGAAAAAGGAGGCUGAUCCACGUAGCAAGGAUAAGAAAAAUAAGAAAAAGAAAUCGAAAAAUCGCAAACGACGUAAUUCGUCCAGCACAUCCAGUAGUGACAGUAGCGAUUCAAGCGAAUCCAGUAGUGGUUCCGAUUCCGAUAGCAGCGAUUCGACGUCCAGUACAGAUUCAGAAAAAUCGAAGAAAAAGGGACGCUCUCGCAAAGAUAAGCGAUUGAAGUCAUUGUCACCGUUGAGUAAGCGCAUGGCUUUGAUGCCCAAUCCGACUGUUGACGUACCACCGCAAACCAUGCGUAAUUUUAAUGACCCAUUCGUUGGAUCGGCAGUCUCUGAAUCGGACGAGUAUGAAGCCAGGGUUCGCAAGUUUCUGGAGUUGACACGUGACGAGGAAAACUUUGAGGAAAAAGUCAGGAAAUGUGUUGAAGAGACAAACAAAUACUGCAAAGAACGGAAAUUGGGUGAUGAAAAAUCGAAGAAACGGGAGAAAAAGAAAAGCCGUAAGAUGAAAAAGGACAGCAAGAAGAAGAAGAAGGAGAAGAAGUCAAAGUCGCAGAAACGAUCGAAGGAUGACAUUGACAAUUUGGAUAAAAUUGAAUUGCGGGAAGCUUUGAAAAUCAUUACCGCCAGUCUGCCUGGUUUCGACAUUGAUUCGAUUAAAGCCAGCAACAAGUUGGAAGUCAUCGAGAAAUCCCUGUCUGCAAUCAAGGAGAGCAACAAAUUGCCGAAGCCCAGUAAUUACGUGGAAAAGGAAGAAGGGAACAAAUGGUCCAUGAUGUUUGCCAAGGAUGACAAAAUUAUUUCUUCCACAGGAAAGUCAAUGUUGCGGCGACUGCUGUUGCAACAACAUCCAAAGACAUUCCCAAACAACCUGCAUUUGGCAUGGACGAAGAUUCUGAAUCGGAACUGCAAAAUCGAUAUGGUCAAGCAUUUACAGGCAAUCAGACGACUCAAGAUAAAGCUCGCCCAUCGACAAUCUCGACUCAACCACCGGUUUCAACAUUACCUCGUCCGAAGUAUACUGAGCCGCCGCCUCAGAUCCCGAAACCACCGACACGACAAGCUGUCCUCGAUAAGUUUGGCAAUUUCCGGUUACCAUCAUCGGAGAAACCACCUGAGCCAGUUAUUGUGCCACGUCGUUCCCGUUCGAGUCGAAGUCGCUCUCGUUCACGUCGUCGCUAUAGUGGCAGCCGUUCACGGUCCCGAUCGUAUCGUAGAAGUCGUUCGCGCUCAUAUAGAAGCCGAAGUGGUGGUUCUCGAAGCCGAUCCAGAUCAUUUUCCAGAUCACGGUCACGUUCAGGAAGCAUGGAUCGUCGACGGGACAGAAGACCAAGAGGAGGCCGAGGCGGUUACGAUCGUGGAACGUAUUACAAACCCCGAUUUGGAUUCGGUAGUAGCAGAAGCCGUGGUCGUGGAGGAUACAGAGACUUCCGAGAUUAUCGUGAUCGUGACUAUCGCGGUCGUGGUAGGGACAGAAGAUGGUUGGGCAAUGGUGGUGGAGGUGGUGGUGGUUCCAGUCGUGGCCGUUUCCGUGAUCGAAGUCGUGAACGAAGGCGCUCGAGAAGCCGUUCUUAUGACAGUGUCGAUCGUAAACGCAGUCCGAAUGAUCGUAACAGGAGUCCCAACGACAAUGAGAAAAGCAGAAGCGACCGGAAAAAUUCCCCAUCAGCAAGUGGUAAUGCCCAGGAAAAUUGGGACAAAGGUGCUGAAGCGAAUGCACCACAGGAUGCACGUGGUACUGGAAAGGAUGAGAGUCUGGAGGAAAUUGAGAAGAUAAUCGAGAAAGGCAGAAAAGAGAAAAAGGAGGACAUGAUCGAACGUAACAAAGAUUUGGUCAAAAAGACAACAACUUGGUAGUCGAUGUCGUAAGUGUAAGCAUUUCAUUUUGAGCUUUCCAUGUGAAACACGGAUACACUGAAUAAACAUUUCAAAUUUAUUGGAAA